AUGCUGUCCGGAUUCAUUCUCACUUCACUGGUCACAUUUGGCGGGGCCAGAGCCGCAUCUGGGUUUGACGGCAGUCGCUUCUUAUGGUUCGAGCAGCCGGCACGACCGCAUUUCUUCGAAGAUGCAAUGCCCAUCGGCAACGGCCGAAUCGGUGCCACUGUGUAUGGAGGUGGCUCUGAGGUGGUUGGCAUCAAUGAGAACUCAAUCUGGACUGGGCCCUUCCAGGAUCGUAUUGCCGAAGACCCUCAGACAGCAUUGGCUGUGACCCGAGGGUUGCUUCUCGCGGGUAAUCUGUCUGAAGCAAGACAGUAUAGCAUGGCGAAGCUGAUUCCGAAAACCCUCAGCCCGAGAGACUUCAGCUACUUUGGCAACAUCAACAUCGACUUUGGACACGACGACUCGGGGAUGACGGAUUAUGUUCGUUGGCUCGACACGAAAGAGGGCACGACUGGUGUAUCAUACACACACGGAGGCGUGGCAUACUCUCGUGAAUACGUAGCCAGUCAUCCCGAUGGAGUGCUGAUCGCCCGUUUUAACGCCAGCACUGCCGGUGCGCUGAAUUCGAAAGUCUCCAUGAGCCGAGAGGGAGACAUCACGACAACGGCAGCUGCCAAAGACGAUGUGUACACAGUCAGCCUAGUUGGUUCCAGUGGCCAGUCUGCUGAAGAUGACCCAAUCCGCUGGACCGGCCAGGCGCGCUUCGCUCUCGUCGAUGAACAGACUGAAUGGGAAGCCGAGAUGACGCGCAAGGUCGACCAGGCCUACACCAAGGGCUAUGAGCAGGUCAAGACUCAAGCAAUCCUGGACAGCUCGAGUCUCCUCGACCGCGUGACACUAGAUCUAGGGACUUCACCAGAUGGCCUAGCCGACCUACCCACCGACCAGCGUAUCGCCAACGCCAGGACUUCGUCACAAGACAUUCAACUAACCACACUGGUCUUCAACUACGGCCGACACCUCCUUGCAUCGUCCUCUCGAACCAGCAACAACGGGACCUCCCUCCCAGCUAACCUCCAAGGAAUAUGGAACAACUCAACCUCGGCACCCUGGGGCGGCAAAUACACAAUCAACAUCAACAUCCAGAUGAACUACUGGCCCGCAGGACCUAGCAACCUGAUCGAGACGCAAGAGCCCCUAUUCGACCUCAUGAGCAUCGCAAACACCUGA